AGUUUCCUGUUCCUUUUUCCUCUCAGGAGCUUCACCAAAUGAAUGUCUGUGUAACAGACUUCAGGUGAGGGAGCCUAUCAGCUUGCACGUUUUAUUUUGCUGCGUCAGCAGCGUCAGCAGCGUCAGCAGCGCUGGUAUAUAACGGCGCGUCACGUCACUGACCGGUACUCCUUUACAGGACCUACAGCUGCGUGUAUCAGAGCGAGCCUGAGAGCGAGCAUUUUUUGCUAGCUACCGAGCGACCCCAUCUGAUAUACACGGAGAUUUUCACUCGAUUUUCUAAAGCCUUUCCACCUUCCAACGACUUGUGCACCUUUAUCCCUUCACCUGGACCUUUGGGACACACAUCUGACAGGAGACCGUCCCAUCUUUCUUCCACAGAGCAGCAGGACUUGGUGCGAAGCACGAUGCCUCGUGGUAAGUCCUAUCGCCGCUCUCUGGCAGCCAAGAAGCGAAUGGCAGAGCAGCGAAGCGCUGGCGUUGAACGCUUCAACGCCAGUCCCUAUGGCUCCAGCAAUGCCAGUGCACGGCAUGGUACUGGGUACCGCCAUCCCGUGCAGAAAUGGCCAGUUUCGUCGCUGUCUGGGAAGCAGCACAAACUGGUGUUUAUGCCCGAGUCUCCUGACAAGAAGUUUGUUCUUCUUGUGGGUGAUUCCCACCUUCGUGCCAUCGCCGACCGGCACGUGUCCAUGCCAGAGGGAAGGUUUUCCUUUGGCAUCAUGUCUACACCCGGGGGCGCUGCUCAUGAUUUGAGGGCUGAGCUUGUGCACGCUCACGUCCCUCGAACUCCUGAUGCAGUUUGUCUUCUGGCCCCAUCCAACAACCUCACACAUUCCAGGACCAUCUCAGAUGCUGGUGCCGACUUCACCGAGCUUCUGAAUGCUGCCUGCAAUCGGUGGUCCAACGUUGUAGUGGUGGAUUUCCCCCCCCGCUUCAACUGCGACCAGCAGUACCAAGAACUGCUGCGCCAGGAAUUCCACAGGGUUUGUGUCCGCUUGGGUGUGCGGUAUUUUCCAACGGCAUGUCACUUUCCGUUGGAGAACACAGACCUGUGGGCUAGAGAUGGCAUUCACCUGUCAGAACCUGAGGGCAUGAGCGUGCUAUCACAGCUGAUGUGGCAGGCUGCUUACGUUACACUUGACACAGUGCCACAACCCCCCGCUGUGAAAGCACCCCUCAGACCACUAGCACCAUGCAUCAAGCCAAAACUUGUUGUGAAGGGUGAGGACACUCCACCACGUCCUCCGGUGAACCCCUUCGUGUGGCGCACUGUUCAAAGGGGCAAAGAGGGGAACUCAUCAGGGGAGCCUGGCCGGUCCUCUGGUGUGCUUCCUCAGAGAAGGAAGGUACAAAAGCAGGUGGUGAAGGAGUGUACCAUCCCGCUAAACCCAGUCUGGUUUAGCUUUGCCCUGUUGGAUGAGAUGGACAAGCUUGUGCCAUCUCAUCUCCCUGGUACCGCGGUUCCAGAGGGCAAGCAGAAGGCCUUUGUGGAGCGCAGGAGGAGUGCUGCCUCCAAGAGGUGUCGGUCCGACCGGCAGGCGGAGGCAGUGCAUCGCGUGGUGGUUGUGAAGGCGAGGGUCACUUCUGCCACGUUCAUGCGGGAGACGGCGGAGGCGGAGGAGGCGGUUCCGAGUGUUGUGGGAGCGUCCCCCGAGUCCCCUGUCCAGUCCCCCGACCAGGCUGCGCCGGUGGAGGGUCCUGCCCGCCCCCAUCGCACUCAAAGGCCCGUCAAAGGUCAGAGUGUUGCAGCUCCAGUUUGCAUGUGUUCUGAGCGGUUGCCCCCACCUUUAGUUUCAGGCAGUAGUUUUGUAGGUCAGUACUCUGACGUGAAUACUUUGCUCACUUGUAGUGCUGUGGCUGCGAUCAAACACAUGAUUGCACCUGUGUGUACAUGGCGUGGCAGGGACAUAGACGAGGUCAGGUCAGAAGGGACUAAGUUGGUGGAGUUUCUGGUUGAGGAGAGUAAGAAGGUUCCAGCAGGAGAAAGGGAGUUGUGUACGCUUAUUGAGAAGCACACAGUCUUUGGAGGGAAGUGGAGCGUUGACAUUGGUAGGCCAGAGUACUUUGUAGUGAAGCCACCAGGGGAGGACACACUAGUGUCUGAGAAGCUGCAGGAUCUGUUGUUGAGGGAUGGCAUGUGUCUUUUUGGUGUUGAUGGUCUUGCUACUGCAGUGAUACAACACAAAGAUUACAUUGUUGUUGUUGACUGCAGCACACGUGAUGCCAGUGGUUGUGAUCCUAGCUGCAGCAGAUCUGUGGCUGUGUUUAACACAUGCCUGAACGACCUGAUGUUUCACAUCAGGGGUCUGCAGAAGUCUUUCAACGCACAGACGUAUGUUGUUGCCAGCAUGUCUGUGAAGCCGCUUGAUGUUGGACUCGGUGUUGAGACUGUUUCAGAGGUUGCAGACAGUGAUGGUGACAUGCAAGUUGCAGGUGAGGUUCAGGAGAGCAGCUCAGUCAGGUCUGCAUGUCAUGUGAGAUCAGUGCAGGGAACUUUUCAUCAGGGACAUGAUCAGUUUGAGUUUGGAGGAUUUCAGUGCAUGGCCAUAAGCCUCGUUGGAAUGGCGAAACACACAACUGACAGUGUGUUUUCAUGGCAGUCAGAGACCUUGGAUGAUGUUGUCGUGUCAGGGGACAAGUUGUAUGCCUCUUUAAGGAAGAACAACUUGAUCAGUGAUAAAGUAUCACUCUUUCUUUGUGUUCCUGAUUUGCCCAAACAGCAUGUGGUUGAUGGGCAGAGCUUUGACUUUGAAUACGGUGACUUUGUAAGUGGACUGGUAGGUGUGGAUGAUGGUCCCAACAUUGAGCUAGGUGUACAUGUGAGCUUGAAAAGGGGAUUGACAGACAUGUUCACUCAAUAUGACACAUGUCUGUUGACAGUGCAGGGUAGCACUUGUGCUAUCAUCCAUCAGGGUGGACGGUAUGCAGUGGUUGAUUCCCAUGCUCGUAGUGCUGAGGGAAUGUUGCAUGGUAACGGGAAGAGUGUUGUUGUGUAUUUCAGUUGCAUUGAUCAUGUCUAUGAUCACAUAUGCAAGUUGUCCCGCAUGUUGCCAGUAGGUGUCAAGCAGUUUGAGAUAGCUGGUGUUCGUGUGUCUCUCCCAGGGUUAGUUGUUGACGGUGAAUUGUCAUUAGGACAGUCACUAACUGUAGAAAGCAGAACAAGUUUGUCUGAGGAGUCUAGCAGUCAGCCAGAGGUCAGCUGUAGCAGCAGUGUGAGGGCAGAAAAGCACAAGAAGUCAGCAGGACGUUUUCUGUCAAAGAAGUUGAAAAGGAGUGAUGUCAUUGAAGUUGAUUCAGAUGUUGUGUUUGUUAGUGAUGUGGCUAGUAAAGGACUGCAGUUUAAUCCUCUUCGUAGGGAAGUUGCAGAAGCGUUGUGCAAACAGUUGAACAUGGAGUCAGAGAUGGUUGAUGCAGUUUCUUCAGAGGUUGGUCAGUUAGGAGCGCCGUGUAAAAAUGAGUGUAUACAGGGUGACGGUAAUUGUUUCUUUCGAGCAGUCAGUCAAGCUGUUAGUGGUACUCAGAAGAAUCAUAGGAAAGUUAGACUAGCAGUUGUGAAGCAGAUAGAAAGUAAUGUGGCUAAGUACAAGAGUCUUUUGAGGAGUGAGUUUUCUUCUGUGGCAGAGUACCUUAGGGAGUCAAAAAUGCAGUUUGUUGGCAGAUGGGCUACAGAGGUAGAGAUUCAAGCAGCAGCAGAUUGUUUAGGUGUGAGUAUAUUUACAUAUCAUCAGGGUCGCUGGCUUGAAUAUAGUUGUAGAAAUAGAAAGUUUUCAAAUCAGGGAGUUUAUUUAGAACAUUGUAAUGACAAUCAUUAUGAGACUGUUGUUUGUGUUCAACAGCCUCAAAUGCAGGGUUGCUAUGGCUAUUGCAGAGUGGAUGAGUAUUGUAAGACAGGUUACAAUAUUAGACAGCGUAAAGGAAAAGAGAGUGCUUGUUUGGGAGCUUCGAUUUCAGCUGCAAGUUUAGAAGUAGAGCAUAUAGAAGGUGAUGUUGCAAAACAGCCCCAGCAUAGUACAUUGUCAAUGUAUUUGAAAAGGAAGAGGAAAUUAGAAGAGAAAACUAGAUACGAGGAAAAUACAUUGUAUAGACUGAAAGGCAAGGAAAGAAAGUCAAGUCAAUACCAGGGAAAUUUGAGGUUUAGGGAGAGAGUAAAGGAAACAAGUAAGGAAAAGAGUCAAAUUAAGUAUCAUGAAGAUUCCAUGCAUAGAGAGGAAGUUAAGAGAACUAGUAAGGAGAGUAGUAAAUCUAAAUACCUGGUAAAUACUCGGCAUAGAGAGGAUGUGAAGAAAAGGAGUAAAUCUAAAUACCUGGUAAAUACUCUGCAUAGAGAGGAUGUGAAGAAAAGGAGUAAAUCUAAAUACCUUGUAAAUACUCGGCAUAGAGAGGAAGUGAAGAAAAGGAGUAAAUCUAAGUACCUGGUAAAUAUUCUGCAUAGAGAGGAAGUGAAGAAAAGGAGUAAAUCUAAGUACCUGGUAAAUAUUCUGCAUAGAGAGGAAGUGAAGAAAAGGAGUAAAGCAAAGUACCUGGUAAAUAUUUUGCAUAGAGAGAAAGUGAAGAAAACGAGUAAAGGGAAAUAUAGUGUUGAUCAUUUGCACAGGCAACGAGUAAAAGCCAUGAGUAUAAGGAAGUACCAUGGUAAUGCAGAGCAUAGGGAGAGUGUUGCAGCAAGUAACCGGUUAGGAAGGCAGAAUCGGAAAGAAAAGGCAGAACAGUUUGAUUUUGUUAUGGAACAGUUUCUAAAGAAAGUAGAUGAUGGUCCAGAUUUUGUUUGUUGUGUCUGCCACAGAUUGUUUUUUAAACAUCAGGUUUUAAGUUGUAAGAAGGAAGAUUACAACAAAAGUAGAGGAGUAGCUUUGAUAGCAGAUCAAUGUUUGACAGAAGACUACUUGCAUAAAUGUAGUCAGGACUGUGAGGUGGCUUGUAAGUUGAUAGAUUCACCAAGAGGUCAGAUGUGGAUUUGCUACACCUGUCAUUUAAAGAUUAAUAAAGGUGAAGUCCCACCUGAAAGUGCAGUUAAUAAUUUGGGACUUAAUCCCAUUCCUCCAGAGUUGGCAUGUUUGAAUAGCUUAGAGCAACAUUUGAUAGCUUUGCACAUUCCAUUUAUGAAGAUGUUGGCGUUGCCUAAAGGUGGGCAGAAUGGUGUUCAUGGACCGGUGACGUGUGUUCCUGCCAACAUUGUUCAGACAGACAAUUUGUUGCCCCGUUCCGAAAUGGAAGGGUCUUUGUUGAGGGUGAAGUUGAAGCGUAAGUUGACUUACAAAGGCCACUAUGAGUAUCAGUUUGUUGAUACGAUGAAGGUUAGGAAAGCUUUGGUUUACUUGAAGAGGACUAAUGUGUUGUAUGAAAAUGUAGAAUUUAAUGAACAGUGGCUUAAUGAGUUUUGUAAGGAAGAAGAGGAAGUUUUGGCAGAGGUUAGUGUUCCUAAUGUAGAGAGUUCAGAUGCAGCUACAGAUGAAGCAGAGGAUGAGCAGCUGCAUGACAGACAGCAGCACUGUAUGUUUCAGGACACGUGUCUCAUGCCUGUUGAUUUAGGUCAGGAAGCACUGGAUCAGUAUUUUGAUGAUACAUUGAAUUUGGCUCCGGCAGAAGGAAAUAGUCCUGUUAGGUUGUUGUGCGAUGAGGCAAAUGAAGCUAAAUCUUUCCCAGUAUUGUUUCCGCAGGGUGGUAAUACAUUUCACGAGAGUAGACAGCACAGGUUGACUUUGUCCCGAUAUUUGAAUAACCGUGUUUUACAUGCAGAUGGUCGGUUUGCUCGGAAUGUCGAGUAUAUCUUCUUUGCCCAGUAUAUGUCAGAGUUAGAGCAGGUAGUGUCUAAAGUGUCUAUAGCCUUACGGAAAGGAAAAGGUCAUCAGUCUCAAAGAGUUGGUCAGGAUUUGUUGAGAGAUGAAGAGUCUUUGAAGCAGUUGUUGGAGUUUGAUGAUGGCUUUCGUUUCUUAAAACCUAUUAGAGGUACUCCAGCAUUCUGGCAAGGAGCUCAGAAGGAUCUUUUGGCUUGUGUUAGGCAGCUAGGUGUUCCUACAUGGUUUUGUUCUUUUUCCUCUGCUGAUAUGCGAUGGAAAAAUCUGUUGAAUAGUAUUUUGAAACAGGAGGGUAGGACACAGACUUUUGAAGAGCUAGAGUGGGCAGAUAGGUGCGAGUUGUUGCGCAGAAAUCCCGUCACAGCAGCCAGAUCUUUUGAUUUCCGUUGGCAUUGUUUUCUCAGGGAGGUUCUGAUGUCUCCAGCUGAGCCGAUAGGUAAGAUCAAAGAUUACUUCCAUAGGGUAGAGUUUCAGCAGCGUGGCUCACCACACAUUCACAGUUUGUUUUGGAUUGAGAAUGCCCCAAAGAUUGAUAAAGAUUCGGAUGAGGAAGUUGUUGCAUUCAUUGAUAAAUAUGUAACAUGUGAGCUGCCGUCAGAGGACGAGGAGUUGUUGGAUAUUGUAAAGUCAGUGCAGCAACAUUCAAAGCGACAUUCUAAAACUUGUAAGAAGAAUAAAACUGUUUGUCGUUUUAAUUUUCCCAGGCCAGCUUCAGGUAGAACUUUUAUAGCUCGUGGUAAAAGUUUAGAGGAUUUAAAGAAGACCUGCAAGUGUCGGGUAGAGAAGACGGGUAGUUUGGCUGUGUGUACAUGCAAAAGUCAGAUUGAUAAGGACAGUGAGAAAAGGAUGAGGGACCACGCAGCAGACAUUUUGGCAGCAGUGAAGAAGGCUCUUUCCGAUGAGAAUAGAAGCUUUGGUAGUUUGGACGAGUUGUUUGACAGUUUAGGGAUCACCCAGAGAGCUUUUGAGAGAGCUUAUAAACUCUUUAGUCGGAACACACAUGUCGUGUUGAAAAGAGAGGUUAAUGAGGUUUGGGUGAACCAGUACAGUAAGCCACUUUUGAAAUGCUGGAAUGCCAAUAUGGACAUUCAGUAUGUUGUUGAUGCAUAUGCAUGUGUGGUUUACAUAGUCUCUUAUAUUUCAAAGGCAGAGAGAGAGAUUGGACUGUUGUUAGGGAAUGCUCAGAGAGAAGCAGCUAAGGAUAAAAAUCUUAGUGCCAAGGAUGCUUUGAAGAAUCUAGGCAGUGUUUAUCUUCACAACAGAGAUGUGUCGAGUCAGGAAGCGGUGUACAGGUUGGUACCCAGCAUGCACCUGAAGGAGUGUUCUAGGAAGGUUGUGUUUGUCCCAACAGGGGAAAAUGUUGUGAAGAUGAGUCUGCCUUUAAAUGUGUUAAAACAAAAGGCAGCGUCAUCACAGGGUCUUACUUCAGAAGACAUGUGGAUGACUAGUUUAGUGGAUCGCUAUAGGAACAGGCCGGAUGAUAGCGAGUUUGAAGACAUGUGUUUGGCAACUUUUGCGUCAGAAUAUCGUGUUCUGAGCAAAAAUGAGAAGAGUCAGAAUAGGGUGAAACUGAAGAAAGAUUUUGGUUUUGUCUCAAAAAGAACGCGUUCACAACCUGCUGUUGUUCGUUACGCGCGCUUUUCUGAGACAAAAAAUCCAGAGUCUUUCUUUCAGAGCAUUUUGCAGUUGUUUCUUCCCCAUCGUGUUGAUAGACAGCUUAAACCCCAGAACUGUGAGACUUUUGAGGAUUUUUACAAGAACGGUCAUGUGAGAUUUAGUGAUGGUUCCAGGCAUUCGGUGAAGUCAGUUGUUGAUAUGAACAGGAGCAGAUUUGAGAUGGAAGCAGAUAAAUUGGAUGAUAUCCAACAUGAAGUGGAUAGUAAUGUUGUGUUAGAGGAUGCCUGGUGUGAGCUGUGUCCAGAGCAGGAACUUGAGCGUUUACAGAGUCUGCAAGAGCAGAGUGAGACAGAGCAGGUAGUAGAGGAGCAUGUCGAAAGCAUUCCUGACUUGGCAGUUAGUAGCAAAGAGAUUUGCCAUGUAGAGAAAAGAAGUAAUGUUUUGAGCAGAAGUGACGGUUUGGCAUUGGUUAGGUCUCUGAAUGAGACACAGUUGUCUGUUUUCUACCAGAUUCGUCAGUGGUGUUUAGAUAGGAUCAAUGGGAAAAAGCCAGGUCCCCUGCACGUGUUUGUAACCGGCGGGGCUGGUACCGGUAAGAGUCAUCUGAUAAGGGCUAUUCAGUACGAGGCUAUGAGGUUGUUGUCGCCAACAUGUCGUCAUCCUGACAACACCUGUGUUUUGCUGACUGCUCCUACAGGGAUUGCUGCAUACAAUCUGCAUGCAGCAACUAUUCACAGCACGUUUAGCAUUGGAGUGGAUGUACGCUUACCGUACACUCCUCUGGGUGAAGAGAAGAUCAAUUCUCUGCGUGCUAAGUUGUGUGAUCUGCAGAUUUUGAUUAUUGAUGAAAUCUCCAUGGUAGAUCACAGAUUGUUGGCUUAUAUUCAUGGUAGAUUGAGGCAGAUCAAACAGACUGGUGACUUUGCUCCGUUUGGUAACGUGAGUGUGAUUGCAGUGGGGGAUUUUUUCCAGUUGCCUCCCGUUAAAGGGAAACCACUGUAUGUUGAUGAUCAGGGUGUGAACUUGUGGUCCAGUCUGUUUAAGGUUGUUGAACUAACAACAGUUGUUAGGCAACAGGAUCCAGUCUUUGCAGAGUUGUUGAACAGGGUCAGAACUCGGUCUAAAGAGACUCCAAUGCUGCUCAGUGACAUUAGGACACUGCAGCGUUGUGAAACCGGUGAAGUCAGCUCAGCUUUACAUAUUUUUCCGACAAACAAACAGGUAAAUGAGCAUAACAUUCAGGAGCUAUUCAGGACUUGUCCUGAAUAUGUUGAGAUAGAGGCACAGGAUUAUGUGAAUAGUAAAAAAACUGGGAAGUUAGAGUUGAUUAGUGGACAUCACAGCAGAACGUAUAACACAUCUUUAGAGGAAACACUUCCCUUGGGGAUAGAUGCCCGUGUUAUGCUCUGUAAGAAUGUAGAUGUUUUGGACGGUCUGGUUAAUGGUGUGUGCGGUAUUGUUACCCACAUUGUGUCAGCGAUUGAGGGUAGGUUUCCUAAAAAGGUUUUUGUAAAGUUUGAUGAUGAUCAGGUUGGUGCUCAGAGGAGGAAACGGUCUGUUGGUGUUUCCAGUGAUUUGGUUGGUUCUACAGGUAUUGACCCAGAGGAAGAGAGGGUGACAAACAAAGGUGGAUUAAGAAGGCAGUUUCCACUCAAACUGGCUUGGGCUUGUACAGUGCAUAAAGUGCAGGGGUUGACUGUAGACAGUGCUGUAGUGUGUCUAAAACGAAUUUUCACAGCAGGACAGGCGUAUGUGGCCUUAAGCCGGGUUAGGAGUCUGUCUGGUUUGAUCAUUCAAGACUUUAAGGACAAGGUAAUUUACUGUAAGGAUGACAUCAAGGAUGCAGUAAAGAUUAUGCCUCCGUUCUUGGUCAUACCCCAGCACACAUCAAAUACACCUACAUUUUCUGUGUUUUUGAUGAAUGUGCAAAGUUUGAGUCUACAUGUGUCAGAUUUAGCUUUGUGCACACAGCAUUUGCAGCCUAACUGUAUUGCUGUAACAGAAACAUGGUUAUCCACUGAUUCUGUUGUAGAAAAUGUAAAGAUCGAUGGUUACAGUUUCCUGAACUCUUCACGAAGUGAAUCUUACACAAGUGACCACCCAGCUUUGGUGGCAGUGCAAGCCCAACAACAUGGUGGUGUUGGCAUGUUUAGUGCAGACAAUGUGGCAUUUGACAUAAUCAAAGUGCCACAUGUGAAUUUGGAGUGUUUGGUUUACAAGUAUGUCAUUGUUGACCUACUAGUCGUGGUCAUUUAUCGACCGCCCUCCUAUCCCAUGCUUUUGUUUAAGGAGAAUCUGAGCAAGUUGCUUGAUUGGCUUAACCCACUAAGUGACACCAUUGCUGUCAUGGGAGAUUUCAAUGAUGACAUUUUGAGGUCAUCAUCAAUCUGCAAUUUUGUCACAGAGAGGGGUUUUGUUCAGCUAGUGGCACAACCCACCACAGAGAGAGGCACACUUAUUGACCAUGUGUAUGUGAAAACAACACAGUACGAGGUACAGUCAGUAGUGUGGCCUACUUAUUUUAGUGAUCAUGAGGGGAUUCUUUGUUGUUUUAGAAGUACAUCUGAUCCAAGUGAUGAGGCAGAGUAGUGUAAACUUUUGAUGACUGCAGGUUUCUAGUGAAAUUGUGAGCUUUUUGGUAGGUUUAACUUUUAUGGUUGGUUCAUUGGUGGGUUUGCAUGGAAUAGUCUGCAUGUUUAGGGGCAAAAAAAAAAAAAAAAAACACAAAAAAAAAACAUUUGCAUGCCUUUCUCUUUUUGUCUGUUGUAGUGUGAUAAUGUUAUGUUUAGUGCUAAGGAAAAAAAAAACAAAAAAAAACAUUUGCAUGCCUUUCUCUUUUUGUCUGUUGUAGUGUGAUAAUGUUAUGUUUAGUGCUAAGGAAAAAAAAAACAAAAAAAAACAUUUGCAUGCCUUUCUCUUUUUGUCUGUUGUAGUGUGAUAAUGUUAUGUUUAGUGCUAAGGAAAAAAAAAACAAAAAAAAAUAUUUGCAUG